CAUGGCGACAAUUGGUGGGGUGAAUUGUUGUGAGGCAGCAUGUUAUUGCGAUCGCGAAAAAUUUCGAAUAAUUUCCGAGUGAACAAUCAAUCAAUAAUCAUUGGAAAUGAGAAGUAAACGUCGAGCCGUUACUGAUGACGUACUACAUCCGCACUGAUGUGAUGUAAUUACAUUGUGGCUGUGCUGGGGGGAUUGAUAACAUUAUUAGUAAAAAAUUAACCGAUUCUCACCUAGUUCAGGGCAUUUUUAAAAUGUCACUAAUGGUAACAAUGAAGACGAAGAAAAAUCAUGACAGUGAUGAGGGACUUGGGGACACUGAGGACACCAGUGACAUCGAAAAAUACGACAAUGAGGAUUGGAAAAUGCUAAUUGCGUUCAAUAAACCCAGGCACAUUGUCAGCAUCGAGGGUGUCAAUUGCAUCACACAGUCCUGGCGAAUGAAGGAGCGAAUGAAAACUGUUAGCGUUGCCCUGGUACUGUGCCUCAAUGUCGGCGUGGAUCCCCCAGACAUCGUGAAAACACAGCCUUGUGCGAGACUCGAGUGCUGGAUCGAUCCCAUAUCAGUAAGUCCGCAGAAAGCCCUGGAGACGAUCGGUUCAAACCUCCAGAAACAGUACGAGCGUUGGCAGCCCCGAGCGCGCUACAAGCAAAGCUUGGACCCCACAGUAGAAGAAGUGAAGAAGCUCUGCACCUCUCUCCGGCGAAAUGCCAAAGAAGAGCGAGUGCUGUUUCACUAUAAUGGUCACGGUGUUCCCAAGCCGACGAGCAACGGUGAGAUAUGGGUGUUCAACCGCACCUACACCCAGUACAUUCCCCUGUCAGUCUACGACCUGCAGACUUGGAUGGGUGCUCCAAGCAUCUACGUCUACGACUGCUCAAACGCUGGGAUAAUAGUGGAUUCAUUCCAGCAGUUUGCAGAUCAGCACGAGAAGGAAUACGAAAAUGAGAAGCAAGCCUUGCAGCAGAAUCGAGUGGCCGGUGUAGCAGGGCCCUCGAUGCCCUCCUACAAGAACUGCAUUCAACUAGCUGCGUGCGCAGCCAAUCAGAUCCUACCGAUGAAUCCGGACUUGCCAGCGGACAUCUUUACCUCGUGCCUCACGACUCCAAUUAAAAUAGCCCUGAGGUGGUUUGUGAUGCAGAACACUUCGAAAUUAGUUCCAAAAAUCAAUCUCGACCUGAUCGACAAGAUUCCAGGACAAUUGACAGAUCGUAGAACAAUGUUGGGGGAGCUCAACUGGAUAUUCACAGCAAUAACAGACACAAUUGCCUGGAAUACACUUCCCAGGGAUCUCUUCCAACGCCUCUUCAGGCAAGAUCUCCUCGUGGCCAGCCUCUUCAGGAAUUUCCUCCUGGCCGAGAGGAUUCUGAGAUCCUACGACUGCACCCCAGUGUCAUGUCCAAAACUACCAGCAACUUAUCAACAUCCAAUGUGGCAGGCCUGGGACCUAGCUCUCGAUCUCUGUCUAACUCAACUACCAGCGAUCCUGGAGUCAGAGGAUCAAUUUGUACAUUCCCCGUUCUUCGAGGAACAGCUGACAGCCUUUCAAGUCUGGCUGACACUGGGAUCGAAGAGCAGAAAUCCCCCUGAACAACUGCCAAUAGUCCUCCAAGUAUUACUGAGUCAAGUCCACAGGUUGAGGGCUCUCGAGCUACUCGGAAAAUUCCUGGACUUGGGGCCUUGGGCUGUCAAUCUUGCUCUGAGUGUUGGAAUAUUUCCUUAUGUCCUGAAACUACUGCAGAGCAAUGCUAAGGAGUUGAGGCCACUUCUUGUGUUCAUUUGGGCAAAAAUAUUGGCUGUUGAUAGCAGUUGUCAGUUGGAUUUGGUGAGAGACAGUGGUCACAAGUAUUUUCUGUCUGUUCUUCAGGAUGUCAGCAUGGCCAGUGAGCACAGAACACUUGCUGCUUUUGUUCUAGCUAGUAUGGUGCAUAAUUAUUCCCUGGGACAGGAGACUGCUCAGCAGGGGCAUUUAGUAUCAAUCUGUUUGGAGCACUUGGGUGAUUCUAAUCAUUUAUUGAGGCAGUGGUUGUGCAUAUGUUUAGGCAGGCUGUGGCAUAAUUAUGAUAAGGCUAGGUGGUGCGGUGUUAGGGACACUGCUCAUGAAAAAUUGGGGAAUUUAUUGAGGGAUCCUGUGCCAGAAGUUAGGGCUGCAAGUGUUUAUGCACUUGGUACGUUCAUCAAUAGUGUCACUAAACGUAGUGAACAUGCUAAUAACAUUGAUCAGAUGAUUGCUAUGACACUUAUAAAUACUGUUACGCAUGAUAUGUCGCCAUUGGUGCGGAAGGAAUUGGUUGUGGCACUGCAGUGGAUGGUUUUGCACUUUGAAAAUUCAUUUGUCACCCUGGCUAUUGCUGAGGAAAACUCCAGGAGGGACUUGGUCGUUGAGACUUUCUCACCGUUCAGUGGAAUGAGGCGAAUUGGGUCCAGGGAUAGGCUCAAGGGCAUGCCCAAUAAUACGUACAUUGGGGACAAUGAUCUGGGACAGGACAGGAUCAAGAGAGUCUCAUCGUCUUCGUCGAUCAGCAGUUUGGGGAAUAAUUGGGAGUUUGUGAGGAAACCCUGCGAGUUCCUUGGUCACUCUUCACUGGGUAAUCUUCCGAGUCUCUCCUACGGUUCUGUCUACAUGAAACUCUGGCACGGCUUAGGAAAUCUCGACAAUGAUCCUCACCCAGGUGUCGCCGGUAUGUCUCAAAAGGUGACAGGUUACAUCCGUAAUCAAAUAAAAGAAUCAUCGGCCCCGAAAGAGGUGACAGAAGCUAAAUACGCCUCCUCCCUGUCCCUUCCCCCAUCUCCCUCCAAUCGUACAAGUUACCUAAAUAAAAGUGAAUCACCCCCAACGACGAAUUCCACUGAUCUUCGAGCACCCCGACAAAAUCCCCCGACUAAUCGUGGAAGAAAACCAAUGCCAAACACCAUCACCGAGGAGUCUGACGAAGCGGUUGAUACAAAAACACCUCUAAUAAGCUCACAAUUUGUCGAAUGGAGUUGUGCACAAUUUGCUCAACCUGUAUCAUUCGAAACUGAUGCUGAGGCGACGAGUGAUGUCGAGAGUCGUGCACACUACGAACGUGAAUGGCGUUACCUACGUAAUAAAAGACAGCGAAAGGAGGCGAGGGAGGAGCAGCGAAGAGCUCCCAAUUCUCGUAUUGAAUGCCAAGUGUUUCACGCAAGAUGCCCACAGCAGCCAGAUGUCGUUGCCUUUCAUCCCUUCGACCCCUACCUGGCUGUUGCAUCAAAAGACAAUUUUGGAAUAUGGGACUGGCACAACAGUAGUAAAUUAACGUAUUGCGCCAGCAAGGGGAAUCGAACGAGCAGUAAACUCACAGCACUUGAGUUCAUCAACGGUCAUGAUGUGUCACUCCUGAUGGCAGGAUCGGACGACGGAUCGAUAAGAAUUUGGAAGAACUAUUGCAAUGUCCUGGGUAGAGAGCCAACGCUGCUGACUGCUUGGCAAGCACUGGUUGAUGUUCAACCACCGACGAAGGCGUCAUCUACGUCACCUGGUCUUGUUACCAGUUGGGAGCAGAGAUCGUUGACCCUCGCUGUCACUGGAGAUGUGAGGAUUGUUAGACUGUGGGAUGCUGAGACAGAACUCAAGAAGCAGGAUAUCGCCACAGGGGCUGAUUCGUGUGCUACGUGUUUGGAUACUGAUGGGAAUGGGGCUGUUAUGGCGGUUGGCUGUGGCGAUGGCUCAGUGAGACUUUUUGAUCGGAGAUUACCCCCCAAUGAGGCGAGAGUUAUGACCUGGCGGGAGCACAAUAACUGGGUUCUUGGGGCAUAUCUGUCUAAGGAGUCUGGUACACGACGGCUCAUCACAGGUUCUGUCAGUGGGGAUGUUAGGAUUUUUGAUCUCAGGAGGAAUUCAUCGGUUAAUGUUAUUCAGACGCAUACACAACUCACGGCCUUCUCGGUUCAUCCUGCUGCCAGUGUCUUCGCUUGUGGCUCUUUGAAUCACAGCAUAAGCGUAUACAACACAACAGCGGGCCAACACUUGAAUACGAUUAAAUUUCACGAGGGCUUCAUGGGCACGCGAAUACCGCCUGUUGGAUGCCUGAAUUUUCAUCCACACCGUGUUAUCCUCGCUGCUGGAUGCAUCGAUAAUUCCAUCGCGGCUUACGCCUCCGAGCCACGGAGAUGACUGUCGGAGAUGGAGUUUGUUUAUGGGGCAUACGUUCUUUAACGAAAACUCUUUGAAAGAUCAUAAUUCUUAACGUGAUGCUUUAUAUUUUCUCAUUUUUUUAAUUUAUCAAAGAAAAGCGUUAAUAACAACACGAUAAGUGGCUGUAUGACUCAAAUUGAGUGGGAGUUUAUUCGGGAGAAAGGUCAUUAACUUUUCAUUUUUUCAAAUUCGUAGACAAUGAGUGUACAUAAUUAAUUAGACUAGUUGUGACGCGCCUAGACAUGCCGUAUCAAUUGCAACCUAAUGGGUAUGUAAGUGUACAUAGAAGGCAGUAUUUUUAAUUACGUUAUUGUUGGUCCGGUCGAUGAGCGAACUGAUGUAGGCUUUUUAAAUUCAUUAGUGAGUACUCGAUAACGCGGAUGAAAAUCGGGAAAUCCUUGGGGCAUUUGGGAAUAAAUUGGAGUUUCCAAUUUAGAAAGAGAGGGUGAAAUUUGUAAUUGUUUUAAGGAAUUUUCCAUCGAAUGCACUAGAUUUUUCUGUCAUUUUUUAGUGCAUGGGACAAUAGUCGAGACAUUCUGAUAAUUUUGUUCGAUAGCUCGAGAAACAAUCUGAUAAAAUCAUGGCAAAAAUCUGGGGGAUGAGUGAUAAUUCAUGUGUGGGAUAAAAAGGCUUCGGUGAGGGACCACUCGUCACUCUCGAGAGGGCCUCAAAAACUGGCGCCGUUGUGGCUUUACCCUGCGGUUGACAACCGCCCAUCUUCCUCGGUAAUUCAAAGGGCUGAAUGUCUGAGGAAAAAACGAAGAAAUCAGAUGGAGGCAAAAGGGAGAAUAAAAUCAUGAAAAUAAGAGCAGUGAGAGAAUCUAAACCACUCAACCUAAGAUGGGCGCAAAUGAAGGACACUGGGAUGAGGAUGAUUCAUUCUCAUUCAAGUGGUUUAAUGCCGCCUUUGUACAUAGUUGUCCAAUUAUAAUAAAUAAAAUUUAUCAUGCCGAUGAAA